AUGGCUUACAAUAAGACCUUCAAUCCAGAUGCGCUACCCGCGCAUGCGGAACCCGAUCAAGCUGCACAAGCACUUGGACAUUUCUCGAUAAAGCCACAACAGCAGCAGCCGCAGCAGCAGCAACAGCACAAACCUUUACCACGUCCGACCCAUCAUGCGAAUCCACCUCCACGAUUAGGCUCGCCUGGUGGGCGACGACCGUCCCCAGCAGCAUAUGCGGCGCAACAGGCUUUCCGGCCACAUAACCUACAAACACAGCACAGUCACAAUCAUGGGUACAGCCAGCACCCUGAUCAGAGAUAUUUGCAAUCACCACCACCGCCUGCAGACUAUGGACAAGGCUUGAGACCACGGCCACCACCGGCAGGAUAUGGAGCGUUACCGUCCCAGCAGGUGCAGGUGCCUCAACGUACCAUGCCACCACCAGACGCAGAUUCAGCAGACCUAUAUCCUUUGUUUCGAGCUGCUAAUGCGUCAGGAACGGGCUCGCUUACUGUGUCAGAGCUAGGAUCUGCACUCGUCAAUGCGGAUUUCACUCCUUUCGAUCCUCUCACUAUAAGAUCCCUAAUGAAGAUGUUUUCGACUACACCACUGGAUCAUCCUCACGGGCCUGUUGUGGUCUUUAGUGAAUUUCAAAGCCUCUGGAGAUUUUUAGCUGCAUGGCGACAGCUGUUCGAGCGAUUCGACGCAGACGGCAGUGGGAAAAUCAGUCUGGCUGAAUUCACGAACGCGCUCGUAGCAUUUGGAUAUCGACUUUCACAGCCUUUCAUUGAAAUACUCUAUGCGACAUUCAACAACAGGGCGUCGGAUCGGCGCGAUAGUAGUCGCUACGGAAUGAGCUUCGACUUGUUUGUGCAGGCGUGCAUACGCUUGAAGAGAAUGACUGACGUUUUUAAGAGCUAUGACGAUGAUCGAGACGGGUAUGUCACGCUAUCUUUUGAAGAAUUUCUUUCAGAAAUUCUCAAAUUGCAGCAAGAAUGA